UCUCACGCAUCUUAUCAUCCAAGUGGUACCAUUAACUUUCUGAUCAAGACAAACUCUAGACGUAUUUGUAUUUGUGUGUGCGUGUUUCUGAAAAAUGUGGCCGUGGUCGUGAAUGAAAAUUUGCUAGGAAAAAUUUAGAAUUUUUAAUAGCUUCAAAACAUGAAGAGGUCAGCCGCCUGGAUUUUUUUAGGGAUUGUUCUUCUCCACUCGAAAAGUGCGGGGGGAUUGUUACUCGACCUUUUUGGGGAGAAGGAUCGGCACGGGAUAUCGAUCCGCGUGGAAGUUAGUGACACGGAAUGUUCCACAUUUCCGGUUUCCUGGUCGUCCAAAGCCGCCUCGGUGAAUACGCUGGGGAGUUGUGUGCAAUUGUAUGACGAGCCCUUGUGCAAGGGAGCCCUCACGAUAAUCCAGCCAUUCCACACGAUCCAUCAGAUGGAUCUUUCCCUCAUCAAUUUUGCGGAAAGGGUCCAAUCAGCGUCGGCUUGUGGGCCGAAGGUGAAAUCGGGACGGUUUGUCCUGCAAAAUGCGGCAGAUGCCUCGGUGCUCACGGUCAGUUCGAAGUAUGGCGGUUUCGCGAGGGCAUUCACGGUCAAUGCGAGCACCCUGAUUUCAAAGGCGCAACAGUGGGACAUAGUUGAGCUCUCAAAUUCCGAAUAUUCCCUAAAACCACGUGAAUUCGGGGACAAUUAUCCCGUCUCGUAUGACGAGGAGUCUCUAAAACAGGGGAAAAUUGUGAAAAAGUUGUGGAAACUGAUGAGCGUGGGGAGAGGGAGGUACCUCAUCAAAAGCGAAAAAGCGCAGCGUUGUCUGUACAAAACAGAGCAGAGCAAAGUGGAAGAACACGAUUGUCGAGUUUGGUCCCCAAAUCAAGAAUGGGUCCUCAAAGAAAUAUUUGGAAACCCAAAAACUUCCAAAAACGCUGGCUCCAUCGCAUCCCGCGGUCCCGGCUACAAUUUCAACGUGCUCUCCAAAGUCGCCUCGUACAUCCCCCCGAGCAAACCGUUGCCCGAAUUUGCUCCCAUUUUCAUCAACGCGUCCACUCUGGCAACCAUGAAGCGGAAGAAAGUGACCCCCGCGCCGUACACGAUUCAGAAAAAGAUCCGCCGCGGUCCGCGCCCCGUGUCGAAACCGACGCCCGCUUUGUUGUCCUACAUUCGACCUCCAGGCCUAAGAGAGAGACCCGCUUUAGCCAACAAGGUCGCGAACAAUAACAAAUUCCUGCUGCUCAAAAAUCCGCAAAAUAACGUCAAGGAAUUCGUCCCCAGUGACGAUCGUGUCGAAACGUACGCGUACUAUCAGCAAGUCCUCCUCGCCGAAAAGGAGAGGGAGGAGCUCCUUAAAAAGGGCAAGAAACCUCUCGAAAUCCCAAAACUUCCGCCUUUUCCGCCAUCAAACAGGGACAAAAAGAAGGUCACGAUAGGCGCCAGUGAUGACGAAGAAGGUGACAACGACGACGAGGAAGACGACGAUGCCUCCACCGAGAAGAAAACUAUUACUAUAACGAUUCGGCGGAAGAAGAAGAAAGAUAAGCAAGAGGAGGACGAAGAUAAGUCUGAAGAUGACCAAAAUUCAGAAGAGGAAGAUUCCGAUGAGGAAGAUAAGCCCAAAAAGAAGAAGAAACCACCACCACCACGACCAACUCCACCGCCGUUUAAUCCAUAUGAUAUCAAUUUUGUGAAUUUUGACCACACGAACCAAUCUCACACCGGAGUUUUGCAAGAUGACGAGUUGAACUCGAGUUUUUUGCAGUCGGUUUUUUACAAGGUUAAAUCCCUCGUUCCGGGCUUAUCGAGUGGUAAGGAUAAUGAAGAUAAGAAUGCAGCCACAACAACGGGACAGCAAAAUCAUCAAACUCAUCCACAUUUGAUGAGACCAAGUCAUCAUGAGAACAGUAAUGAAUAUGGACCACCACCACCGCCACCGAGACGACAUAAAUAUGAACAGCGACCAGAACAUGACCUUGGACCACCACCACGUGGCCAUAAACAGGGACCCGACCAACACGACUACGAUCUGCAGUACGGUCCUCCUCCAGGUCUUCGCCUCCCGAAGAGGAAAAGUUCUACCACAACCACCACAGAAAAGUCUGGUUUGUUCAGUUUUCUUGGAUGAAUUCAAGGAAAUUGGAAUGAAAAAUAAUAAUUGUUCAUGAAUAUUUAUUUAUUAUUUAGCAGCACAAAAAAAUAAAUGGAUGCAUAUUUAUUACAUACAAAUUA